AUGCUGAAAGAUGUUUGUUUUCUUUUGCUUAAAAUUGACUCUUUGACAAAUUCUGUCCAAUAGAAUCUUCAUUUUUCAUAUUGUUCUUUCUUACUUUCGGCACUAAACAUUAUACAUUUUUCCUAAAAUAAUGGCUUGAGAGAAAAAGGAGUAGCCAACCUUAAUACUCCACACCGAAUUUUCUCUUAAAUUGUAUUCGGUUGACUAAUGUUAUAUCCUCCUAAAAAUUCGUUAACUUUGAAUUUUUCUUCUUCUAAUAUACGAUUUUUUUUUUUUAUUACAUGUGAAUAGAAUAGAGAAAAUGUAAAACACGGCAUGGGUAGGCUAAAACCGUUUAUAUAAAAUAAUAAUAAUGAUGUGUAAAGCAGCAAACGUGUAGUCUCUCCUUCCUCUUUAGUUAGAAAGUUUUUUAAUGGAGAGAUUUUGCAUUCAAAACUCAUUUCUUCUUGUUCUGCUUUUCUUCAUCUCCAACUGUUUUGCUUCGAGUCAAAACAACGAUGAUGAUGAACGUAUUCAGGUCCGGGUCGGGUUGGUUUUGGAUUUGGGUUCCUUGGAAGGGAAGAUAGUGAGAAGCUCUGUUUCCAUGGCGCUUUCCGAUUUCUACGCUAUUAACAAUGACUACAAAACAAGAGUCUCUCUUUUAGUCAGAGAUUCUCAUGGAGAGCCUCUCCUUGGUCUUGCUUCUGUUGUAGAUUUGCUGAAAACAGAAGGAGUGGAAGUGAUAAUUGGCGGUAACUCGUUGCUAGAAGCGAAGCUUUUGGCGGAACUUGGAGAGAGAGCUAGGGUUCCUGUGAUUUCACUUAACUCUCCCAUGUCAUUGUCAUUGAGCAAAUACACGCACUUGAUCCAAGCCACACAUGACUCUGCCUCUGAGGUUAAGGGAAUUACAGCUUUCCUCCAUGGGUUUGAUUGGAACAGUGUUGCUCUUGUUUAUGAAGAUGACGAUGACUGGAGAGAGAGUAUGCAUUUUAUGGUAGACCAUUUCCAUGAGAACAACGUUCGUGUACAGUCCAAGGUUGGUUUUAGUGUCUCUUCGAGUGAGGAUUCUUUGAUGGAUCGGUUACGGAAGCUUAAGGACUUGGGAACAACAGUCUUUGUUGUUCAUUUGUCUGAAGUUCUUGCAACUCGUCUCUUCCCAUGUGCUGAGAAAUUAGGGUUGAUGGGUGAAGGGUUUGCUUGGAUUCUAACUGCCAAAAGCAUGAGCAGUUUACAUGAGUCCAUUGAUGAUUUCGCAAAGGAGGCAAUGGAAGGUGUGGUUGGUUUCAAGUCUUAUAUACCAAUGUCAAAAGAGCUUCACAACUUCACUUUGAGAUGGAGGAAAUCACUCCAUGUUGAAGAAGUUACUGGGAGUGAGAUUACUCGGUUGAGUAUCUCUGGCGUAUGGGCUCACGAUAUCGCUUGGGCUCUGGCGAGUGCAGCUGAAGUUACAAGGAUGCCAAAUGUAUCAUCAACUCUCCUUGAGGCAAUCUCAGAGAGUAGAUUUAAGGGUUUGAGUGGUGAUUUCCAGUUGCAUGAUAAGAAGUUGUUAUCAAAAAAGUUUGAGAUUGUGAAUAUGAUAGGAUCAGGUGAGAGAAGGGUAGGAUUCUGGAAUUCUAAUGGUAGUUUCAGCAAUAGAAGACAUUUAUCUUCUACUCAUGACAAGCUGGAGACCAUCAUUUGGCCCGGUGGGUCUGCUCAAAGUCCGAAAGGGAGUAGUCUAAGAGAGAGCGGUAGAAAAAAGCUGAGGGUUUUGGUUACAUCUAGCAAUAGAUUCCCAAGACUGAUGAAGGUAGAGACUGAUCCAGUAACAAAUGCUAUAACAAUUGUCGAAGGGUUCUGUAUAGAGGUCUUUCAGGCAUCCAUUGCACCUUUCAACUAUGAAGUGGAGUACAUACGUUGGCUCAAUGGAACUAACUACACCAAGCUUGCAUAUGCACUUCAUAGCCAGAAAGACAAAUAUGAUGCGGCCGUGGGAGAUAUUACAAUCACUUCUGAUAGAUCGACGUAUGCCGAUUUUACGUUGCCAUUCACCGAAAUGGGUCUUGGAAUUGUAGCAGCAAAGGAGAGAAGUAUGUGGGUGUUCUUCCAACCUCUAACACCAAAUCUUUGGAUAACAAGUGCAGCAUUCUUUGUCUUGACGGGUAUUAUAGUUUGGUUGAUAGAAAGAGCUGAAAACAAAGAGUUCCAAGGAUCUUGGCCACAACAGAUUGGAGUUGUGCUUUGGUUUGGCUUCUCUACCCUUGUUUAUGCUCACAGGGAGAAGCUAAAACACAACUUAUCAAGAUUUGUAGUUACAGUUUGGGUAUUUGCGGUGCUCAUAUUGGUUACAAGUUACACUGCAACAUUGACAUCAAUGAUGACGGUGCAACAAAUACGAUUUAACGCCAAUGAAGACUAUGUCGGUCACCUCUCGGGAUCCCUCAUCGCAAAUGCGGCCCUCACCAAUUCCAGCCUCCGAACAAUGAGAUUAUUGGGUCUCAAUACUUCAGAAGAUUAUGCUCAAGCCUUGUUGAAUAAAAAUGUCUCAUAUAUUGUCAGUGAGUUGCCAUACCUCAAAGUCCUCCUUGGCGAGUAUCCUGGACAUUUUCUCAUGGUCAAGACACAAUCUACCACCAAUGGCUUUGGCUUUAUGUUUCAAAAGGGCUCGGAGUUGGUGCAUAAUGUUUCUCGUGAGAUCGCGAAGCUAAGGACGAGCGAGAGACUAAACGAGAUGGAGAGAAGAUGGUUUGAUAAACAACUCCCAUACACAACCGAUGAUACAUCAAAUCCUAUAACCCUAUAUAGAUUCCGCGGUUUGUUUAUGAUCACCGGAGUUUCAUUCGCUUUCGCUCUUGCAGUACUUCUCAUUCUCUGGCUCCGAGAAAAAUCGGAAAUUGUUGUAAAGUCAGUCAAUCUAUACCUCUCACAACAACUUAGGCAUUUCAGGUUCCUUUUCACAAGAACUAUCCAUCCUAGUCCCCUCGAUAACCCAAUUGGCGAGAAUGCGGUUCAAAUGGCUCAACGUAACAGACGAUAGGAUCAAAUGAUAAACAUAGAGCAAACAAUUGUUGUGAUGUUGAACGUCUCUGACUCUGACUCUGAACUUGAAGCCUCACAGAAGAACCUUGUCGUUCUUCAAUGAUCCAGUAGUUCUUGAUCCAAGUAAAAAUGAUUGUUAUACCAAUUUUGUAAAUUAUAGAAUGAUCAUCAGAUUCACAACUACUUCAUGAAUUUGAUGUUGCUGUAUAUAUUGAAUUUAGCAAAAAGAUAUCGGUAAUAUAUUGAGUUAAAACUUAACACAUU